AUGACUGUCUCUAUGAAAUUUACAGUAGAAAAUCUCAACAAAGUAGUGGUGCCGCUAAAGAGAGUGCUGCUUCUGGGACGCAUACGGAAACGAAAACCGAGUCCGAACGCGACACAUUGCGAUCCUACAAAGGAAAUGGUACAAAUUUGGCAAAUGGAACCCUAUCCUUGCGGUGAUCCACGAUUGCCGCAUCACGUUUUCCCACCAAAAAUGAUAACACCGGAUGAGUUAUCUAGGAGGACAGGGACACUUUAUUGGAAGCUUGACACGCUGGACCCAGUUGCACUCUCAAAACGUCUUAAAGUUAUGAAAAUGGAACGACGCUUCAACAAGGAAGACAUCUUCACCUUGGAUGCAGAAACAACCGCCAACUUCAGGGACAAGAUCGACGAAUUGUUCGAGGAAUCAAAUCAUCCCGAGGAUCAGGCGAGAAUGAUAAUUGAAGGAUCUGCUUACUAUGACGUGGAAGAUAAGAAUGGUGACUGGGUAAGAAUCCUUUGCGAAUACGGCGAUCUCAUUGUGAUUCCCGCUAACACAUCGUUUCGCUUCACAACAACUCCUCAGAACUUCGUCAAAAUGAGGCGAUUCUUCAAAGAAGGCGACGAGUAA